CUCGACUUCUUAGCGCACCUCGCUCCCUAAAAACCCCCUCCACCUCUGCCUCCUCUAUCGCGCCCACAACUCGACUUGCGAUUCACGAAGCUUCUUCUCAAUCUUUUUGAUUUUCUUCUAGUCAAGCCUGUUCUGCACUUGUUACAUAUGGCGAGCAUGUAUUUCAAUUCAGUGGAGCAUUCUAGCAGCACACCAUCCCGUGUCAGUGAAAGAGUUCCGAUUGUACAAGUGAUCCCUCGCAAGAAACGCGGCGGGGAUGACAAGUUGAACGACGAAGUCACUCUCACCAUGGAAUUCGUAUCUACUUUCUUCCACAUGAGGCAAUCUGAAGUGGCCAAACAUCUUGGGAUUUCGCUCACGGCCUUGAAGAGCGGUUGCAGGAGGAUAGGCCUGCCUCGUUGGCCAUACUCCAGGAAGAGAUGUGGGAAAGGCAAAAAGAGAUCUUCCAAGCCUGAAGCGAGUGACGACACCAUGGCAGAGAACUCAGAGAACUCUACCACUAGUGAUGAAGAGUCCGAUUCCAACCAUGACCAAGGCGUUUCGAGCCGCUACUACCUUGCUAUUGGAUCCGCUUCGCUCUUCCAAGAAGCCCUCGAGUAUUUGGAGAACAGCCUUUAUUCAUAAGAGAGAAAGCUAACUUUCUCAUUUGCAUUGUAUUAUAAUUCUACACCAA